CACGUGCGAGCGGGGUCAGAUCCUGAUGGAACACUCCUGCUGGAUCACUUUAGUGAGCUCCUACGCUGCUCUCUAUAAAUACUGCAUGGGAGGCCGCUCCGUUAAGCUCCUCUCCUCUCAUCUGCUAUCCUCUUCCCUCCUCUUCUCACACCCUGUCCUCUCUUCGUCCCUGCUAACCCUGGGUCGUGUUUUGGUGUGUGUGUGGUCCAUGUCCUAGGAGAGAGUGGAACAGGAGCACAGAACCCAAGUCACGGCCGGGACACCAGAACCCACGGUGACAGGUGGGAUAAUCAGUACACAUGUCGAGGGGAGGCUGGGCGAGUCCUCAGUGUGCAUGAGAGGUGUGCAGGCAAACUGUGAUGAUGGACUGCAGAUAUUGAGAUCUUAACCAUAGAUUGAACCUCACCACCAUCUAGUGGUACAAUGUAGCAUGAUGGUAGUCUUCUUCAAUGUUUGUGUCAAGUACUGGGAGGAGGCUUGUGGAGGUGGAUGUUUGAGACACUCUCGUCAGGUGAAACGAGUGUCGGCCAUUAGAGCUUGGAGCCGUCCCAGCCCCCCUCUUCAGAGAGAGCGCAGGCCUGACAGUUCAGGAGGGAGGAGGGAAACGCGGGUUUGAUUUUCUCCCCGUGUGGUUCUGUAGAGCUCCGAGAGGAGCGCAGAGUCCUCCAGAUGGACCUGGAGCGUCCCUGUCUCCUCCCCCCUUCCCCCCAGGACCCCGGUCCGGCCCAAGGCCCGCCACAAAGCCACAGGUUGACAGGGAAGAAAGGACUCUAUGUAGGUGACAGGAAGACACAGUCAACUCUGACCUCCACAGUGACUUCUGGACCCAACACUCCCCCCCACAUCAGACCCCACCCUCCCCUUGCCCCUCCCAGAAUGGAACCUCCUCCCAUGAGAAGAACACGGACCCAGUCCACCUCUUCCUCACCCUCACCCUCCACCAGGAAUGGAAGCCCUCUUCAACCCUUCCACCACCGGACCAACCUCGCCCCUGAGUCCACACAUUCACCUCACAGGACGCCCAUCCACCACAGCGCCGCUGUCUGUCGAGGGGAGGUCGUCUCCUCACCCCUCACCAGCCGUCCCUGCAGCUCUCCAACCACGCCGGACCUGAGCCCUCUGCUACCAGCGAGCCUUCACAGGCUCGCGAGCAAGGGGAGAGAAACGACGAGCCAAUCAAGUUCCCUUCAGCUUUCUGAGCACCAUAGAACCACUGGGCGUAUCCCAGACACGGCACCCUUGUCAGACGGAGAGUCUAGCCUUUUGCACAGGAGCCCCAAACGAGACAGCGAGACGGUCUUCUCUCCGACGGUGAGAAGGCCUCGUGCGCUGUGUUCUCCAGACGACCUCCAGACUCCCAGACAGGCCAGUGCCACCACCCAGCCCCGCAGCAGAGGAGCAGCCAGCAGCCCUGGCAGCUGCCUCCCUCCCCUCCUCCCUUCUGGGGAUUUGGUGACCGGGUGUGCUCCCUUCCUCCCGUCUCCCCCUGCUGUUCAGAGGCCCCCCAGCAGGGGACAGAGUGUGGCCAGACGCCUGUGUGUGCCUCAGGGUGACAGUCUGGUCAGCCCCACAUGAACUCACACACGCAGGUACAGAGACUCAGGGACCCACACACAUACACACACAAGAACACACAUGCACACACACAGGACGCUCACGCACACAAGAAACUCGAUUCAGGGACAUGCACUCACGAAGGGACUCGCUCGGAGAACAUCUCAUCUCAACAUCCAUUCAGACUGCCUGUGUACACAAGCAAGAAAUGCUCUGUGGUUCAGUAGUAUUAAUCCAGGCCAGACAAUGGACUGCCACAACUUUAUCUGAUAUGAAUUGAUAAAUGAUUGUGAAUUGUGUAAAAGAUUGUGAAUUGUGUAAAAAGAAAGAAAGAUAAAUGAACUUUCUGAAAAUGUCUCGUCUGAGAUGUCUUUACCCUGGCCAGUGUUUCUCCUUGUGUAAAACUACCAUCGUCAUAAAGGUGUAUUUAUUUUCAAACAUUCUUAACAGACUGGAUACAGAACUCCCAUCAAGGUUCAUCAUCCUACGCCACGACACAGGAAGCACACUCAAUUGAUCUUUAAAAUAGAUUUUAUUUACCAUUUUGUAAUUGAACAGUUUACGAUAUACAGCUGACAUGACUAAGACAAUUCAAUGGAUUUUGGCCCUAACAUUUCAAGACAUGGUUAGAUAGAUAUGAUAAGAGUACCAGAAUAGGAGUUUUUAUUUCAUUUGUGCUUAUACUUUCCUUUGUGAUAUAAUUUACAUUGGCCCAACAACAUGCCCUCUGAGGAACCCUGGACCUAACAGCAGUGCACCAAAGCACCAACAGGCAUCAUACUUCGUUAUUACUUGUUUCAAAAUGGAAGUUGUAUUAUUUUCUGUUGCUUAUGAACACACAUGACAUUUAAAGUGCUGAAACAACAUGAGAAAACAUGACUUAUGUUGAAAAAGAAAUGUAAAAGAUCUUUUCCAUGAUUGUGACAAGUCACGGAAAAGCGGAAUCACAGUUUUAAUACAGUAGAGGUGUACCAUUAGUUUCCAGGUCACAUUUAGCACACUUCACCUACAUCCAUAGACUCACUACAGCAAUAUCAAUAUGAGGUGAAGGAAAAUAUGUGUUUUUAAGCAAUGGCACGUAAAUAUUCAUAUUCAUCCAGUGAACCUUGUUGCAACACAUGUACUGCUACCUGGACAGUGAAGGGUAGGCUCACACUCAGCACUGGAACACUGAGGAAGACUAGGUAGGAAACAACAACUGACAUUGAACAGUUGUGUGUUGCAUUGUGCUUUUUCCCAUUGCUCUUCACUUGGUAAAAUCCACCUUCUAGUCCCCAACUUGGCUAAACUUUGAAAAUAAUGAACAAACAUCUGCAUUUUAUAUCAUCCAAUGCGGUUGCAAAUGUCACCAAUGAUUAUGGUGUUUUUGUGUGUGUUUUUUUUUUACCAAAUAAACUAAUGUAUGUAAAACAACCUUAGUGAAAUUGACAAGGCCAGCCAGUUUACUUAGUAAAGUAUCACCACAUAGCGCACUGUAAAGUGACAAUGUAACAAACUGUACCACAGCAUAGUGUACAGUGAUCCCGCUGCACAGAGAAUGCAGCAUUAUGUUGUAGGUCAAACACUGUUGGCACAGGACUGUUUGUUGGUUAAGAGGUAUGAAUGCAAUGUUCCCCAAUAGCAAUGAAGCUGCAGGCACCUUUUCUAACACUCACUGUAAAAGCAUUCCUUUGCAGUUUCAAGUUUCAACCCAAAGCUUUUGUUUGGUAAUACUUUUGAUAUCAGCUGGCUUUUGUAGAACUUCAAAGACAAAGGUAGUGUCACUGAACAUGAAUAAAAUAUUAUUUAAAAUCAGACAAUAUUAUAUGUAUUGUUUUUAGUAAAAAAAAGAUCUUAAAUUGGUAGAUCGUGUAUGUUAGAUUUACGACAUGGAUAGUUACUGUCUGAUUAGAAUUACAUGACAUCAAUACUGACACUACCGUGAACUACCUACAGGCUCAGCAGUAAAAUACCCACUACACAGGAAAUACACAGUACACUGAAACACUGCCUACUUAUUCUACAAAGAACAAAAAUCCCCCCCUUCAAAAAACAAA